AAGAAAACAGCUGCAGUACGAUGUGGAAAUUUUUGACGCUCGAAGCCUAGCCAUAUUUCUCGUGUAACUGAGUGAAUACACCCGCGAUCAUGGCUCAAAGAACGGUCAACCAGUGUUUAUUUGGUGUUCUAGUGAUUGUAGCGUUCGUUAAUGUUGUUGAAGGUCAGGUCCGACGGUGCUACUCGUGCAGGUCCCGCGGUAAGCUCGGGGACUGCAAGGACCCGGCCAGGUUCAACACCUCGCGUCUGGUGCCCGGGGUCGAGGCCGUCCCCUGUGCCUCAAGCUGGUGCUCCAAGAUCAUCGAGGGCAAGAAAGAUGGCGAAGAUCACGAUUUGGCAACCGAGCGACAAUGUUUACAGAGAUCACCGCCAGAUGGCAUUCAACGCUGUGCCGAGGCUUUAGUGGGCAAUAAGAAGGUGUUCAUCUGCUUCUGCCGCGGCGACCUUUGCAAUUCCGGGUCUCUAGUCUCCCCGUCCAUGACGCUGCUACUGCUGGUGGUCCCUGCUGCUCUCCUGCUGCUCCGCCUCCAUACAUGAAGACCCGCUGCUCCAGUCCCCCUCCUCCCUGCUCCCUCGCCUGCUGCUGUUCCCGCGCCACAUGUCUGUAACCAACACAGAUCACCAAAUAUAUCAAUUACAACCACCACUCCGCGCUUCAUGGCCAGCGUGUUGUCUCGCGGAGAGCGCGCGUCGUCGCGGUGCUGCGCGCGUCGUCGCGGUGCGGCGCGCGGACACCAGCUUCCGUAGCGCACCUGUUGAACUACCUGGGAGGAAGUGUUUUCUCUACCUUAUCAAUUUACUUGAAUACCAUUUCUAUCCACUUUAACAAAGAACUCUAGUACGACAGACUCGUGUCUAAACUAUUGCCUUGUGUGGCAGGUGGAACAUUGUCUGCAACAGGCUCCGUGCAGGCCGAUAGAUCAAGCUCUCUGCUCGGUCGUAAUGGCUCGGCGCUUUCCCCCCUGAUAAUUUCCCUCUCCCUCUUCGCUCUUCGUUUUUUUCAUAUCAGGAUUAAAACUUAGAAUGACGAUUGACAUCCCUUGACUUUUUUGUUUUGAUUCACCCGAGUUAAUGUGGCAGGUCAACUUCCAGUCGAGCAGGUCAACUUCCAGUCGAGCAGGUCAACUUCCAGUCGAGCAGGUCAACUUCCAGUCGAGCAGGUCAACUUCCAGUCGAGCACAUAAAACCUUCAAAUAAACACACACACUCAAACACACAAACACAUCCGGUGCAGAUGAAAUAUUUUUCAUUCUAUCCUGUUCAGAGUCCGUAAUAUCUGUGUAUAUAUAUAUAUAUUUUAGCAGAUAAUAUUACAACAAUUAUUUUAAGUCAGAUGUGUAAUAACUGUUAUCAGUGUCAUAACUGUGUACUAUAUAUAUAU